AUGGGAAACAUCAUCCGACAACUAGCAAAGCAUCCAACCGGUACAUCGAAGGACCCGAUGCCUGCUUCGUCUGAACUAGAGAAAGAGCUGCCACGCUACAUUGAAGAACACAAUGUCACAGACCAUAGGGUUUCCGUUUGGGCUCUGGUCGAGCCUCCUUCAAGCAACCCGCAAGGCGAAUCCGAUGACUUUCAGACCAAUCUUGUGAGGUCAGUCCAGGCCGGAGGCAAACUUCACCGGGUCAUGAGCGGCGGUGGUGGAUGGGGAAAGAAACAGGGCCUUCUGUCGCUUGAUUACGAAACCAGGUUUCUGGGACCCUACGAGAGAAAUGAAUUCAUAACGCUGGAUAAAAUACUCUCUCCCUUUGGCAGGAGCACGGCGCAAACUGCGCCACCGUUUGAGGAGAAAUCUAUCGUCGAUGACCUGUCGUCCUUGUCACAAGUGGCUAGAGCCGGGGAUUACAUUCAAUUCUACGUUUCUGUCGAGCCAGACCAUGCACAAAUCAGCCGGCCAAAGCUGCCCGAUUCCCGCGAGGGGGCGAUCUCGUACCAAUUCGGUGUCGUUUUUGAUAACGAAAUGCCCAUCGAUCAAGCGGGAAAAAGGGUAUCACACAAGGACUUAAGAGUCAAGCCUAAUUACUUUGGAGCACUAUCGGAGAAAGCAAUGACCUACUCGCAACCUAUCGUUCCGAUGAGGCCGGAACAAGAGACUCUAGAGUCUGGUACUAAACUCGAUAUCCCAGGGUGUCGAGUCAACUUAGUCGUCUCAUAG